AUGGCUGGAGGGAUCGAGAAUGCCAAAAAGGCAAUCAGAAGCCUAAAAAACUACGAUGAACAUGAAAAUCGCUUUGGUACUAUUUUUAGUGUUUCAGGACCAGUCGUCGUUGCUUCCAACAUGCUUGGAUGCUCCAUGUACGAGCUUGUCCGCGUUGGUCAUGAUGAAUUGGUAGGAGAAGUUAUUAGAAUCCACCAAGACAAAUGUACAAUUCAGGUUUACGAAGAAACCUCUGGUCUUACUGUCGGUGAUCCUGUCCAACGUACUGGAAAGCCUUUGUCUGUUGAAUUAGGUCCAGGUCUCGCUGAAACCAUUUAUGAUGGUAUCCAGCGUCCAUUGAAACAAAUUCAUGACAAAGCACAAAGUAUCUACAUUCCGAGAGGUAUCAGUACAGAGGCUUUGGACCGUACUCGUAAGUAUGAUUUCACACCUAACAAGAAGCUUCGUGUCGGUGAUCACGUUUCUGGCGGCGAUGUGUUUGGUUCCGUAUUUGAAAACUCUCUUUUUAAUGAUCAUAAAAUCAUGCUUCCACCUAGAUCUCGUGGUACAGUAACCUUUAUCGCUGAAGCAGGCUCCUAUACUGUAGUCGAAAAACUUUUGGAGGUGGAAUUCAAUGGCAAAAAACAAUCUUUUGGUAUGUUACAAACCUGGCCCGUUCGUGCUCCCCGUCCCGUUGCUGAUAACCUCACGGCCAACCAACCUCUGCUCACCGGUCAACGUGUUCUCGAUUCCUUGUUUCCAUGUGUUCAAGGUGGUACCACCGCUAUUCCUGGUGCUUUUGGCUGUGGUAAAACUGUAAUUUCUCAAUCCCUUUCCAAGUAUUCCAACUCGGAUAUGAUUGUUUACAUUGGUUGUGGUGAACGUGGUAAUGAAAUGGCCGAGGUUUUGAUGGACUUCCCUGCUUUGACCAUCGAUAUCAACGGAACCCCCGAGCCCAUUAUGAAACGUACUUCUCUCGUUGCGAAUACUUCAAACAUGCCUGUAGCUGCUCGUGAAGCUUCCAUUUAUACUGGUAUCACCUUGGCUGAGUAUUAUCGUGACCAAGGUAAGAACGUUUCAAUGAUGGCAGAUUCCACUUCUCGUUGGGCUGAAGCUCUCCGUGAAAUUUCCGGUCGUCUUGCCGAAAUGCCUGCUGACUCUGGUUAUCCUGCUUAUCUUGGUGCUAAGUUGGCUUCUUUCUAUGAACGGGCUGGUCGUGUUCGUUGUUUGGGUAGUCCUGAACGUGAAGGUACUGUGUCGAUCGUUGGUGCUGUUUCUCCUCCAGGUGGUGACUUCUCCGAUCCAGUCACUAGUGCUACUUUGGGUAUUGUACAAGUCUUCUGGGGUUUGGACAAGAAAUUGGCUCAGCGUAAACACUUUCCCUCAAUUAACACUUCCCUUUCUUAUUCCAAGUACGUAAAUGCUUUGACUCCCUGGUAUGAAGACCGAGUUUCUGGUUUCAACUCGUUACGUGAUCAAAUUAAACAUAUUAUUCAACAAGAGGAUUCGAUGCUCGAAAUCAUCCAAUUGGUUGGUAAGUCUGCGCUUUCCGAGAGCGACAAGGUUACUUUAGACAUGGCUGGUAUUAUCAAGAACGAUUUCCUACAGCAAAACGGUUAUUCCGACUAUGAUCGAAGCUGUCCUCUUUACAAAACUUACCAUAUGAUGAGAAACAUGAUUUCUUACUAUGGGAGAGCGAAGGGUACGGUUGAACAAGGCAAUGUUCCAUGGUCGAAAAUCCGUGAAGGCACCUCUGAUAUUUUCCAUGAACUUUCUUCUAUGAAGUUUGAAAAUCCUAAUGAUGGUGAAAAAGAACUUGUUGAACGUUAUGAGCAACUUUACAAGAAGAUUGAUGACAAAUUUCAAGCCCUGGCAGAAUAA